CUCAGGUUUGCUGCAACUGGUGGUGACAAGAAUACGGAGACAGUACGAGGAAGACGACGACAAACUUUGCCUCACGCUUUUCCUUUUUCCGAGGGGGAGACGAGACGUCAUCACCGCUCACGACGUGUUGUUUGACCGGCUUGACGUUCGCCUCCGGCUGUCAUCGUUUCUCUGGUCAUAGAAGUUCGCUCGACUGGUACGAACACGAGCGCGUCGAGUGAGGCGAAACUAUGACGGGCCGGGAAGAUGAAUAUGAUUAUCUCUUCAAAGUGGUGCUGAUCGGUGACUCCGGCGUCGGGAAGAGCAACCUGCUGUCCCGCUUCACCCGCAAUGAGUUCAACCUGGAGAGCAAGAGCACCAUCGGUGUGGAGUUUGCCACGCGCAGCAUCCAAGUGGAGGGCAAAACCAUCAAGGCGCAGAUCUGGGACACUGCAGGACAAGAACGAUACCGGGCCAUCACUUCUGCGUACUACCGCGGCGCCGUGGGAGCACUGCUGGUCUAUGACAUCGCCAAGCAUCUGACGUAUGAGAAUGCCGAGCGCUGGUUGAAGGAGCUGCAGGAUCACGCUGACAGCAACAUCGUCAUCAUGCUGGUGGGCAAUAAAAGCGACCUGCGCCACCUGAGAGCCGUGCCGACCGACGAGGCCCGGGACUUUGCAGAAAAACAUCGCUUGUCUUUCCUGGAGACGUCGGCCUUAGACUCGUCUAAUGUGGAGCUUGCCUUCCAGACUAUCCUCACAGCCAUCUACAACAUCGUGUCACAGCGGCAGAUGUCGGGACGUAGCGACUCGGACUUCUCGCCCGCCUCCAAUGUGGUGCCCAUCACAGUGGAGCCCACACAGAACGCGUCCAACAAGGGCAUGUGCUGCCAGAACAACUGAGAGCCUCACAGCGACAGUUAGAUGCCGACAGACAGACAGACAGACAGACAGACAGACAGACAGACAGACAGGUGGGGAAGACCAAGAAGUGGGUAGAGAUAACCACUUCACUUCUUCACAAGGACUAUUGUAGGGAGGAGUGUACGUACAUUAUCCAUGUUUAACCCUCCUGUUACCUUGGUUUCUCAGGAGUAGCGUUAAUGUUCCUUUGGUCAUUUUGACCCAUUAUGAAAAAAAAUCAAAAUAUUAAAAAGGGUUAUAGCUAGGGUGGCAAAAUUUCCGGAACGUUUCUGUGAGGGAGGGGGGUUUUCAGAUGGGCACAAAUAUUACACAAUGGAAAUUUUCCAUGGGAGUUCAUUGUAAAUUGAGGGUAAUUUCAUGGAAAGGUAUCAUAUUAUAAACAUUUUGUUUUGUCGUUUACAGACAUCUCUAUAAAUUAUGAAGAUAGCUCUUCUUGCCUGUCACGUUACCUAAUUGCUCCCUCUUUUUUUUUUCUCCCACACUUGGUUCGAGCGGUGAUGAAUUGCAUCACGGUACUAUUGUUCAGUGAACCCCCACUAUUCAUGGAGGAUUGGGAGCAAGCCCUCCCACAUAAAUCCCCCCCCCCCGGCCCCCGCAAAAGGCUUCAUGAUUGUACGUAGACGCCACAACAGUGGCCAUACAACGCAUUUCCUUGGGACCAAGAGACCAUAAAAUGUCGUCACCCAAAUACUUUUUUUUCUGUUAGACAAGGCUUUGGCCUGGUUAAAUGAAGUGCCUCCUUUCACUUGAAUACUGCAACAUGGCGGCAAAGCCAUUAUGGAUAUUAGAGGGGUUCGCUGUCAUUUAUUGCAAAGGUAUUGAAAAUCAUUUUGUUUUGUCACAACCAGGCACCCAUGCCAACAUAAAUCGCUCUCCUUGCACAAAUCUAAGGGCAUGAACAACAGUCAGGGUUCGGCUAAAAUCUUAAUGCGUUUAAGUGUCCCAUAAGAGCCAACCUCCAAAUGUAUCAGUUUAUCCAUAUUUUUUUAUUAUUAUUUUUUUUAGAUCCCAUGGUCAAUUUCUAACUUUGAAAAUUCUCAGGAUUUUGCAUCCUGAGUUGUAUCGAAUGGUGAUGCACCAUCGCCAUCAAGAUUUACAGUUAAGUCACUAUACUUCUUACAUUUUACAUAUCUUUGCUUUUGAAUGUCGGUUUGACAUAAGAGCGGGAUUAGCCGGAGAAGAGGUUGAGGUAGUUUAGCACUCUGUUAAAGUUACUAGUUUAAUAAUCCGCCCCCCCAUAAAAAAAUUAAUUUCUUGCCACCGCCAGUCGAACCUUCCCAAAGACUGUCGCCACUUGCCUCAAUUGCUCAAUGUCUCAUCCCAAAAUAUUUAUUGAACACUACCUUCUAUGCUUUUAAUUGCAUUGGUUUUUAAAAUUCACACGUAUUCUUUGUGAGGACAUCCGCCUCUCCGAAAGGGGCGACAAGGAGUCGUAUUUCAUAAAUGCACAUGUUGGAUCCUGGUCUGACUUCUUCAGAUAUUUUGGGGGACCGGUGGGGGACUCGGAGGCACAUCUCCCCUUUUUGUGAGAUAAAUGGAUGGAACCUCCUUAGCUUUUUUUUAAUGUAAAUACCGGAGACUCUUUUACUGCUUUCUGUCUUAGUUGGACCAGGACAUUAACAAAAAAUAACGUUUUGCCUUGCAGAGGUCAACCCUCGCUUGUCUUUCCUGUGGGGAGGUAUUUUUGUUUAUUACCUUUUAAAAUAAUUAAAAGUUGCUAGAGUGUUUUAGUAAGGGCUUGAUUUAAAUUACACACAAUCAGCUGGUGUGUGUCCGUGUGUGCGCGUGCGUGUGUGCGCGUGCGUGUGUGCGCGCGCGCAGUGUGGCCUUCACAGGUCUUUAAACUUGGUGGUGCAGGACAGGGCUUUUAUUGUUUGUUUUUUUUUUUAAAAAAAAGGAAACGCAAACCACUAUUCUAAUAUGUAUAUUGGACUGUAUAUGUGCAAAUAAAUUUGAUUUGUAGUAGAA